UAAGCCAAUAAGACGUUUAAAAAAAUCCAUCGAAUUCAUCUUUACUUUUUACUGAAAUAUGACUAGAAUAUUAUUCGUGAAUUUGCACAAAACUAUCACUUUACAUCAAGGAAACGCAACUGACGAACUGUGAUCGUUCAAGGAAGAUGCUCCCGCUCUUAAAUAGGGAGAGAAGGUAUUCUCGCAAAGGAUCAAUGGUAGAGUCGAAGAGCUAGUAGAUAAGAUUAAGAGAAAGAUUUUCUCGGGAAAGACCAAUGGUGUGGACGAAGAGCUCAUAGAUAAGAUAAGAACGAAGAUUUUCUUGAGAGGGGAUGCAUUUUCUUUCUUUUCAUCCAAUCCAAAAUCGACUUUUAAAAUCCUAGAUAAGCCAGAGGCGGAGUUAUGUAUUAUAAAAACAGAGAGUAAGAGUCUAGCUCAGAUCAUUUCUUACUGAAUAGCAAGAUGACUAGGGUGAUUGAUAGAAGUUCAAGUGAAUAUAAUGUAUUGUUUAGAAAUACAAUAUUGCAAUGUCAAGAAGAAGAAAAAGUUUAUCUCUGUGACAUUCAACGUUUUCAAAGAAUUGCCGUCGAUACUUUUAUUUUCAAGGAAAUCAGUUUUCUCAAUUUGAGUAAAACUGCUUUACCGACUACGUAUCUCUUUAAACCUCCAUUACCAUGGGAUGAACUAACAGAGGAAGAAAAAUGUAUGACUCACUGGAUUGAAAAGAGCCAUCACGGCAUAGAAUGGGAUUCUGGAGAUAUCCCAUAUCACCGUCUUCAUAAAAUUUUAGAAAUAUGUACGCAAGGAGUCACAAAAUUAUUCGUCAAAGGAAAGCAGAAAGCAGAAUGGAUAAAAAAUUUAUUGCCCGAUUUAUCAAUCACAAAAGUCGAAAAUUUUGGCUGUCCAUCGUUUGAAAAAAUAAUAUAUGAUAAGCAGUUCGUAUCUGCUUUAAUCACGAUCUCUGCAUUAGAAGAGUGCCUAUGUGUGCUGUUCGAAACGUUAUUGCAAUACGAACCUGGCUACUCGAUUAUUUAGAUGAUCGAUUUAGUUUAUAUACGGUGGAUAAUCAAAAUUCAAAAUGUAUUUGCUUAUACUGGAAAUCAGCUUAACUAAAUAAAAAAUGAUUUUAAUAAAUGAAUGUUUUAUGUUUUAUUCCCUUAUCAACCUUAUAUAUAUUCGGCAACGCACGUUGUUGCCACCUACUCGCACGCCGCUGUCAAGACGUGACAAUGUGUCAGAUGGCAUAGGUAAAUCCGUGCCCGCGUGAGUCGGCUGAGCCAUGCCUUCUGCAUGUCCGACGUUUCUAAUUAUCAUUUACAGUCAAUGAGUAAAGAUGAUCUUCAAGAACUCGAUGAGAAAAUCAUAAAAAUUGCAGCCCCGCACCAAAUAUCACGUUUAUCUAGACUAAUAAGCUGCAGAAAUGAUUGGAAAGCUCGAGAGUGGGAAAACUAUGUUUUAUAUUAUAGUGUACCUCUAUUAACAGAACACAUAAGCAGAAAUCAUCUUUCUCAUUGGCUUCUUUUUGUCGAAAGCUUAUUCAUUCUUUUGCAAAGUAGUAUUAAUAUCAAACAAUUGGAUAACGCCAAUAAAAUGUUGCACGAGUUUGUAGCAAAAUGUGUAUUAAAUUGGGGACCACUGUGGUGUCAGUCAACAUUUUCAUUCGAGUCGGCAAAUCAGACUUUACUAAAGGCAAUUAAAUGUUCCAAAGGUGUCACAUUACAAAUUCUAAGGUACAUUAAUAUGAAUCAUAUGGUUUCUAUCGUACAGGAGCGAGUAUAUCCGGAUGCGAAUGAAUUAGUUCAAAUGUACUGUAAUGAUAUUCUUGGUGUAAAAGUAAUAAAGUUCUGCAAAUUAACAGAAAUUACUUACUUCGGUAUAGGUGAUUGCGUCAGUAAUGAUGUACUGAAUACAGUACAGCUGUCACAAAAUUCUGCAAAAGUAUUCUUUAAAAUGGUAAAAGAUGGAUGUCUAUACGAAUCUUCUAUAAAACUCAAAAGAAGAUCUAACAAUUCAUUUGCGCAAUUACGAAACAAUACAUUCAUACGAAUUUUAAAGUUUAUUGUUCAUGAUCAAACAAAUCAAGAGUUAACUGUUUGUAAUCUUUUGAAUACAAGACAUCGUUUUACCAAUCAUUACCGUAAUCUGCAAGUAAUAGAAAGAAUUUGUGAUGAACAAAUUAUUGUGCCAACAAACGAAAUAAUGACUGUUUGUGUUGUUAUGAAAAUACUGGGAACUAUGUAUAUUUGUUCAGUACCUAAUUUACUUCAUUACUAAAUAUGUAAUAGAUAUUAGAAGAAUGCAUUCGAAGACCAAUCAAUGUAAAUAAAGAUAAAUAAAUGUAAGCUGUAUAUGGACUGAUAGAUUUUUUUGUAUCAAUAACAUGUAUUUUUUAAUAAAUAAAUUUGUAAGAAAAUCACAUUUUGGAUAUCUAAUGAUUUUUUUAUUCUCCAAGAAAAUGACAUUCUAAAAUGCAUAUUAUUUAAUGGUUUACUGAUAACAAGAAUGAUAAUGAUGAAUUAUUUAUUUACAAUUUAUCAUUAUUAUUUAAAUAUCAACUUGAUAAUCACUUGGUAAUCACUUGAUAAUCACUUGAUAAUCACUUGAUAAUCACUUGAGAUUUUGGCAUGAUAAUCACUUGAUACUCACUUGAUAAUCACUUGAUAAUCACUUGAGAUAUCACUUGAUUAUCAAGUGACAUUUUUCAGUAGGGUAUCCAUUCAACCAAUGCAAGACAUCCACAGGCAACCACGCUCAUUAAAAGAAAAAGGAAAUUGGAAAAGUGCUGAAAUUAAGUCUUGGUGCUUAAUUUACAGCUUGCCAUGUUUACAAGGCAUACUUGAUGAUACAGCUUUAAAACACUAUUCUUUGUUAGUAAAAAGUUUAUACGUAUUGCUAAAAAAUAAUAUUACUAAAGAAGAAUUGGAUCAAUGUGAAAGUGACUUCCUGGAAUUUGUUGGGAAAUAUGAGAUAUAUUACGGCAUUGAAAAUAUGACCUUUAACAUACACACUUUACUACAUGUUGUUGACUCCGUGAAAAAAAGUGGUCCUCUUUGGUCCAAUUCAACAUUCCCUUUUGAAAGUAACAUCUUCCAAUUGAAACAAUUACUUAAUGGUCCGAACGGAAUGGAUAAACAAAUGAUAAGGAAACAUUUACAAAGAUUGCAUUUCAAAACUGAUACCGUAGAUUAUUCUUCUGAUGAAAUAAGAAAUUAUUGUUCUAAUUUAUAUAAAUACAAAACUCUUUCAACACAUUAUGAUUUUGGAGAAGAUGAUGUUAUUUUUAUUGGAAAAAAACGUUUCAAAAAAGUCAAUGAAACAUAUUGUAAAGUGUACAAGAAAUGUAUAUUCAGAGGAAAAGUUUUACAUAGUAUAAACUAUACGAAUGUGACUAAGACCAACGAUUCAACAGUUCAACUACAUUCAAACGAUUUUGGUCAAAUAAUAGAUAUUAUGAAAAUUGGAAAUCAAUGUCACUUAAAACUAUCUAAAAU